GGGCGGAAGCUUCUGAGCGUGAUAUAGCGGAAGUGCCUCCCCUUCCGCCCUUUCUGGUCUCGGCCGUAGAGGCAAAAUGACGAAGGGAACGUCGUCGUUCGGGAAGCGUCGCAACAAGACGCACACGCUGUGCCGCCGCUGCGGCUCCAAGGCCUACCACCUGCAGAAGUCCACCUGCGGCAAGUGCGGCUACCCUGCCAAGCGCAAGAGGAAGUAUAACUGGAGUGCUAAGGCUAAAAGACGCAACACCACGGGGACCGGCCGGAUGAGGCACCUCAAAAUCGUGUACCGCAGGUUCAGACAUGGAUUCCGUGAAGGUACAACGCCUAAACCCAAGAGGGCAGCUGUUGCCGCAUCCAGUUCAUCUUGAGAAGAAUUCCAACAAUUAGGCAAUAAAUAUUUUGGUUUUAAAAAC